AGCUCAUUCAACCUUCCUAACAUGAGCAAAUGAGAUCAUCGCAACAAUGGCAAGUCUGACGCUGGGCGUGGGACAGACAAUCGAACUCAACGAUGGGAGACAGGCCGUGGUGCGGUUCCUGGGAGCGACGGGCUUUGCGCCGGGAGAAUGGGUCGGUGUAGAGCUGCACGAUGCGACUGGUAAGAACGAUGGAUCAGUCAAAGGCGACCGGUACUUUGACUGUGAGGCCAACCAUGGCAUGUUCUUGCGCGCCCAGGGAGUCAGUCGUAUCGUGAGUCGGCCGACGACGAGACCGGCUAGUAUCAACCUUGGACAGGCGCGUCUCGCAGACACCAAGGCGACUUCUGCUCUGCCUUCUCCUACAAAGUCGCCGACCAAACUUGUUCGAACUGCUACUCCGACCGCGUCUCAGCCCACCAGGAAUGCGACUCCUCCUACCACAACGACUGCACGUCGCCCUGUCUCGACCGCUACUGCUAAACCACGAACUGCCUCAAAUCUGAGCGGUCCUUCCACGCUAUCUGCUGCUGCUAGGAGGACAUCCACUGUACCCCCGUCCAAUGCCUCGACUACAGCUCAAACCCCUCGAACUUCUGGCUCAACAGCUGCUCCCUCCUCGUCGCGUUUGACUGCUCGCAAUGUCUCUACCGCAAGAGGCCUCACCCCUGCGACCAAACAACCUCCCGCACCCAUCCGUCAGACUCCCGCUGCCCGUCGCGUAUCGUCCGCGCCAAAGCAACCACAACCUCAAGAUAGUCCUUCGCCUGCGACUUCCCCCUCGAUCGCUCACCCGGACCACUCUCAGGACCCUCAAGACAGUGAAGAUGCUCCUCAGUCAUUCGCCCCAUCCUCAAAGCCUGCCACUUCACCGGCUGCAUCACAUACAUCACUACGCCCGACCAAGACUACCGCGCGAGAAGUUGAGGACCUACAAACAAAGAUGAAGAUUAUGGAACGCAAGCGCCAGGAGGACCGCGAUGCUUUGAAAAAGAUGCAGAAUGUCGAGCAAGAACGGGAUAAAUAUGCGAGCGUCGUUCAGAAGAUGCAGUCAAAGAUGCAAGCCCAGUCGCAAGAGUUGAACGACCUCAGGGGUCAGCUCAAAGACUCUGAGAGCCGCUUGCUCGAUAUCGAGGCAAUCCAAGCUGAGCACGAUGCUGUCGUUGAAAUGGCCACUCUCGAUCGUGAAAUGGCCGAGGAGACAGCAGAAUCGCUCAAGACUGAAGUUGACGCUUUGCGGACCAGCAAUGAAGAGAUGCGUCUCGAACUCGACAUUCUCAAGGAAGAGAAUGAAGAGCUAGGCAGAGAAAUGAACCCCGAAGAGCGUACAAGUCAAGGCUGGCUCCAGCUAGAACGCUCCAACGAGCGUCUGAGGGAAGCUCUGCUCAGGCUGCGUGAUAUGACCCAGGAACAAGAGUCUGACCUGAAGGCUCAAAUCAGCAGCCUCGAGGAAGAAGUCAAGGACUUUGGUCUACUGAAACACGACUAUGAAGAGACCAGAGAGAAAUUACUUGCAACCGAGGCUGAUUUGGAUGACAUCCGCCAGCAGCUCGAUGCUGCCAUGGGCGCUGAAGACAUGAUCGAAGAGCUGACGGAACGGAAUAUGACCAUGCAAGAGAAGAUUGACGAUCUGGAACUGGUCAUUGAAGAUCUUGAAAAUCUCAAGGAACUCAACGAUGAACUUGAGAUCAACCAUGUAGAAGCUGAAAAGCAGAUGCAGGAAGAGAUCGACUUCAAGGAUACCAUCAUCGGCGAACAAUCACGUCGCUCUACACAGCAACAACAGGCCAUUGAAGAUUGUGAAUACACAAUCUCACGCUUCCGUGAGCUUGUUACCAACCUGCAAGCCGAUCUGGAAGACAUGCGUGCAUCGCGACAGAUCACAGAGACCGAAGCAGAGGAACUGUCAAGCAGAAGCCGUGCAAUGAUGGAUCUCAAUAUGAAACUUCAGAUGUCUGCUGCCAAGACACAAAUCAAGACAAUCGAUCUCGAAUUGCGACGUCUCGAGGCCGAAGAGGCAGCAGAGCACCUGUCGAUCGUCCAGCUGUUCCUACCCGAAGCAUUCCAUACAGAGAGGGACUCGAUUCUUGCAUUACUACGCUUCAAGCGCGUGGCCUUCAAGUCUCGUCUGCUCAACAACCUGAUCAAGGAACGUCUGAAUGGACAGGGAACCAAGAUCGCUGAUGAGGACAUCUUCGCCGCCUACAGUGUGCUUGACAGACUCACAUGGGUUGCCGAAAUGAGCGACCGAUUCAUCAAUGGCAUGCGCAGCUGCUCUGUUGAAGAGUUUGCCAGAUUUGAAAGUGCACUCUAUGAGCUUGAGCCUGUGGAAAGAGCAUUGAAUACCUACAUCGAGUCCAUCAAACGAGAUGACAUGAAGGAGGGUAGAGUGGACGAAGAGCUGCAAAGGUCAAUGGCAGUCAUGUCUCAUUUGGCCUCCAUACAUAUCAAAGAAUCACUUGCAGCAUCUGCUAGCGAUAUGCUUAUGCAGACUUCCCUCGUCCAGAGCCAUUUGGACAGCACUUCGUCAGCGAUCAGUCUGUGCAGAUCCUUGGUCCAGACGCAUGUCCCUACACCACCAGACAGCGAGACUGACGAGGAAACCCUUUUCACACAGCUGGAUAACAUCAUCUCCAGCAUCAGAAGUGCUCGCGUCGUGGUCAACAAGACGCAUCGCAACAUCACUGAUCUGCAAUCACGUUCGCUUGCAUUGAGUCCCUCUAACUUAGAGCUUCUCAUCUCCGCAGAGAGUCUGACGUCCAAGCUCGCUGUCUUUGGACGUCGCGCCGGCGAAAAAGUCCAGAGCCUGUUCGGUGAGGAAGGCCGUGAAGAUACAAUCACCCUGGGUGAAACCGAGCUUCUCUUGACCCGUCUGUCCGCAAGCAUCUUUGGCAGUGGCGCAGCGGAGUCAGCACCAUUCGAGUCUCUGUCUACCUACCUUACCUCGCUGACCAUUCAACUCAACGAGCUCAGCGACAUCUCAGCCAAUCUCGAGAACACCCAGGAGUUUGAACGCCCGGCCGAGCCAUGGGUGAUCCGUAGUUCCACUCUCCGCUCCACCAAGCUCACCUCCAUCGACACCGAAGCCGAAGUCGUCCGCCUCACAGAAGUUGUCCGUGAACGCUCCCUUCUCGUCCGUUCCAAAGAACAAGAACUGGAGGAACAGAGCGUGCGUAUCGAAAUGCUCGAGGCUCGCAUGGCCGAAGCCACGAAACGAUCAUCCGCCCUCGCCGACCUCGAAACUUCCAUCACCGCUCUCCAAAAGGAAAAGAGCAUCCAUCAGACUGCUCUUACUGAAGCCGAAAACAAAGUCACCAGACUCAGGAGAGAACGAGAUGAGUGGAGAAAAUCGGCAGAAGAUAAUAAACCAGAUGUCAACGCUACUAACAACGUCGCCACCGAGAUGGGAGGAGCAAGUAAGAUGGAGCUUGAUAGAGCCAACCUCCGCAUUACAAGCCUAGAGUCAGCAAUCCGCUAUCUCCAAACCCACUCUGCUGCUUCCACAACCACCACUGCCACCAGAUCUUCAGAUCUGGACUGGCUAGAGACACCGCUUCUCCCUCCUCCAUCCAAGCAUCAGCAACGCCAGAAGACACUUCACGCAGAAGGCAAGACCGCAUUCAGCGAAUUGUUGAAACUGGUCACCGAGGCCAGACCUGUGUCUCUCGGCAAUGCACCAGCGAACAGACUUGCUUGGAGACCUGCUGCACAGACAGCUAACUACACUGCUCAAAAGAAGAAGGAAGAUUGGGCAAUAUGGCGGGAUUGGGAGAGAGAUAUUCUUGAUCGUGUUGAGGGUAGAUCUGGCAAGAAAAUCAGCAGGCCAUCGAAGGAUCAGGAUUAUGUUGGCAGUGGAGAUGCUGUUGUCAUUGUAGGCGAAGACGACAUGUAAGAUCACUAAAGAAUUGAAGAAACGUUCUUGUCAAA